AUGCCUCCAACCAGAACGACUCUUGGCAGGGCCCCCAAGGCAUGCAGUCUAUGCCGGCGGUACAAGGCGCGAUGCCAUCCACUUGAUGGUGUCAACGGCCCGCUUCAGAAACUAGAGUCUCUAGUCGCCGGUCUGGAAUCGAGGCUCGAUGCCAAGCUCGACGAUGCUAUCGUCAAUGGUAGUAUCGGUGGCGCCGGUGACAAUAGUCCCCUUGGCAAUUCUUCCCGUAGACGGAAGGAGAUGAGUUCAUCGGCCUCAUCCGGCAAUGCCCCCGCAGCAGCCACCUCCGAACCUGUGCCCGUCCUGUUCAUCCGUGAUGCCGCGGCCAACGCCGGUGUGCAUUCCACCAACUCCGAGUACUCUGGUCCUUCGCCAGAUGUCAUUGCCUCGGGAGCUGUGUCAGUUGCGACCGCCCAGUCGCUCAUGCAUCUGUUCCGUGUGCAUUACGGCCGCUGGGUGAGAUUCGAGCAAGAUGGGCCGGUCGAGCAUCUUGUCGCACGCGUGAGGAGGUCGCCACUGCUCCUGGCGAGCAUCUUCCUCAUCGCUGUCCGUCACACGCACCGCGAGCUGGCUGACCAGCUAGCCCCGGGGCUCUUUCGUGAGACGAAGAAGCUCCUCGCCGCGUCACUUCUCGACAUACCGAAGGAGAUAGAGUACUUUCAAGCAGCGCUCAUCCUGAGCCUGUGGUCAACAACGAUCGGUCAGACACCCCUGAGCAUCGACAGCUGGCUCCUAACGACGUAUGCCGUAAAGCAAGGACUGGCGAGCCCUGUGUUCUCGAGCGUCUUGCAAGGCGAGUCUGGCCCGAGCCAUGUGGAUGCAUGGUGUAUCUGGAACCACCUAUGUCUCGCGCACCUCCAGUACUGUGUCGGGACCCGACGGCGAGCCUCGCUGACCGAGAAAGACGUGGACCGGUGCGCAUGGCUCGUCGAGAAUAGCAAUGUCGGCAACUUUGAAGAGAGAAUGGCUGCCGAGAUCCGUCUGUACUGGGUCACGUACCAGCACUACUCCGUGCAGGAGACGACCACGCAAGACGUGAAUGCGUCCCUGGAGAGCUGGAAGCAGGAAUGGGCCGUGUUGUUCUGUGAGUUUUGGUUCGUAAGCGUCCCGUCGCACGCAGAUCUGCUGAUAUGGGUACCACAAGGCCAACCACGCGCCCAGUUCCUCCAGAUGGGCUACCAUUUUUCUCGUCACCUCGUCCUACGACAGACGCUCAGAGCACCUGGGGCGUCGAUGAAUAACAGCUUGCUCCAAGCCAUGAUCCACGACGCCAAGGCCAUCAUUGACCUCGCCAUACACACGACUGAUGAGCGAACCCGCCACUUGACUGAUCACAUCUAUCAUAUGCUUGCCUUUUCGGCACUUACAAUCUGCCAGUUGGUUAAGACAUAUGAAGCGCAGCUCGGCACGUCCACCCUGGAUGUCAGCUCCCUGGCUCAGACUAUCAGCGAGCUGAUAUACUGGCUGCGGUCCAUCGGCCUUCCUUGCCACGCAGCACAUAUGCUGAGUGACAUUGUCGAGGCCCAGUUUAACAUGACACGACACGCAUUUCAACGUAGAGACGAGGGCAGGGCCACCCGGGAGUACAGCGACGUCGAAGCGGCUCCAUCAUCAGAAGCUGCAGAAGCCUCGUUCCUCGACUUCACAUUCCUCUACCCCGAGUUUAUCGGGUCUGACUUGUUCGAUGGCGAGUCACAAACCGCGUGGCCGCAAUGGAACUGA